GACUCGUUCAUGACUCGCCCCUCCCAACACCGCCUGUGGACCAGGAAAUACACGACUGAAAGCAAGUCUCUCUUCACGCCUUAUACACCGUUAGACUGAUGAAAGUCAUUCGUAGAUAUGUCCUCAAAUUCUUUGAAUACUGUCCUGGUGUUCUUGAUACUCAGUGGAAACCGAGUGGGUCUGGCGGUGCUCAACGCUCCAAGAAAUGUCCGUCUAACUUCCAUGAACAUGAAUUUGGUGCUGAGAUGGGAUUCACCUGAGAAUAAUACAAGUGGCAUUCUGUACACCACUGAGUACAAGACCUCUGUCGCAAUGUACCAUGUGGGUUGUGUCAACAUUUCAACCCUUGAAUGUGACUUCAGCAGCCUUAACACCCCCCUCAGUUUGUAUGGAAGGUAUACAGGCAGAGUGUGCGCACGGCGAGGGAUGGAAGUCUCUCCUUGGGUGGAAAGUAACAAUAUUACCAUGGACAAUGAUUCCAUAAUUGGGUCACCCAAUGUCCUGCUCUUUUCCAAUGGGGCUACAAUUGAAAUUGCCAUUAAAGAUCCAGCGUUUGCAGUCUCAGAACUCAGGGACGUCUACAGCAGUGCUACUUACAACAUCACUUACUGGAAAGAUGGCCAGAACGAAAAGGCAAUAAGUAUAAUCAAUGUACUGCAAAACAGAGUGGUUUUGAACAAACUGGACCCCAGCACGAAGUAUUGUGUUAAAGUCCAAAUCAAUGCAGAGGGGAACUCCAAGGUCAGCAAACCAAGCAGUACUGUUUGUGAGAGCACCACCACUGAAGCGGAAUCUCAAUGGGUGCCAGCAGUGGUCACGUUUUUCAUCGUGACCUUGACAGCAACUCUUGUGGGGAUUGCAGUGGUUUAUAGAAAAAUGAUUUCCCAUCUUCUUUGUCCACAAGAUGCUCUGCCUUCGCCUCUAUUGGCAACCUCCAACUCGUCCCACGACUGGGACAUGCAGAUCUCUCCCAAUCCUGAGGAGAUGUACAACUCAGUCAGAGUCAUUGCUGUUCAGUAGUCUAUGAAGUAAAAGAGAGGCCUUGGAAGAAGUGAGGACCAUCUUCUGCAGGAAGCGUGAUCCUAAAGUACCAUCCUUGUGAUAUGAUUUGUAGCGGCUCAAGGCACCACUAAAAAACCUUCUACACACCUGUCAAGAGACACACUAGUAUGCUACAUUUGGUUAAAAAGGCAGCAAGACAAAGCAUCAAACCGUUUCCACCCCUAAAAAGCUGAAGACUGCAGUGUGGGAACAUGUUGGUACUUAAAAAAGGACCAGGGAGUCAUUGACGUCGAUGGCUGACCCAUUUGCAAAACCUGCCAAAAGAAAGUUACUGCUAAAGGGUUUAAUACGUCCAAUAUGGUACAUUACACGCCAAAGUAAAGGAAAUACAUAAUAACUGAGUUAAUUUAUGUAAAUGGAAAGUUACUUCAUGAAGAAUUGAGUAGGUAAUGCGUUAAAUAUAAACAUGUUACAUGUCACUUCUGAUCAGUAUCUAAGUGUUGAGUCAGUUCAGUGUAAACAAACAGCAACAGGUAGUCCCAUCAAAAGGCUUCAUUCAGUGGCCAUUUAAUGUUAGAGAUUACUUCUUCCUAUCUGUUGAAUAAACUAUUUGCAUUUUAAAUUAAUAUAGCAAGUGUAAAACACUAACAUAAAAUAACAUCAGUUUGUACAAUACCAGCACUAUAACAUGGGAUCUAAUUAUGUGCAUUUCUGUUAUUAUUAUCACAGCAUAAAUGUAUUAUUUAAAAAUGAACAUAUAGGCGUAGAAGACAAUUGAUGACAUACAACACUUGGGUUUAUUACUCUUCACACGAGUAAAAUUUCCCUGUGGGGAUCAAUAAAGUGUAUUUUAUAUUAAGUGAUCAAUCUAUUUUAAUAAUAGUUGUUGUUUUUACUUUUUAUUUUGUACUGUUAAUAUUAAUAAUUUUUGUAUGGUUAUUUAUAUUAAUAAAUAACUGAUUAAAAUCUCUCAAAAUGUU